UGUGUGCGUGUGUGGAGAUGAGCUGAAGUCAUGAGCCUGGGCUGUUGGAGUGGUUUUAAUCAGCAACCCGUUAGAGGAGAAUGGAAAACGUCUGACAGGGUGAAGAACUGAGUCGGACAUUGCUUGCCGUUCUCUGCUGGGGGCCUCUCUUUUCUUGCCUGCUGAUGUCAUGGAAGAACUCAAGCCCAGUGAUGGAGAGAGAACUUGAGUACAGGAAACAUACCUUUCUGCCUUUCUUUCAUGCUGGUGGAAAGCAGCCAGACUGAUCGGUCCUAUAAUGUGGAAAUGGGACAAAUCAGAAAUCUGAGGUGCCAUGGCUUGCCGGCAGAUUGUGCCUGGCCGGAGAUGGUGUCGUUUUCGCCCAUUCCUGAUGGUGCUGGUUCUGGCUGCCUAUCUCUUCUACCAGACCCUGAUGCCUUUAAGAUCCAAGAGACCAACAAUCCCUACAAGUGGCAGUGGACUGCUGCCCAGCAAAGCAGCUGAGGUGCAACAUCAGACACACCAAGUCCUUGCAAGGCGAGUCAGUUGCUUCCUUCCUUCUAACAAACAAAAAGAGCAGAAGGAGAUUGAGGAUACCAAUUUUAAGUUUUUUAAUAACAAAGCUAAGGAAGCCAUACUGCACAUUCCUUCUUCUGGCAGUGGACAAGAUCUUCAGCUAUAUCAGCAAAUCCUUACACAACACAAUUAUAGAGUUACAGUCAUUGAAGACAGGAAGCUAAACAGAAAUGAACAUUUACAUCUAGAUGAAUUAAGUUCUUGGGACCUUUUGAUUUGCCUCUCAUCUAACAAAGCUGACCAUGAAAAUUGCUUAAAUAUAGUGGAAUCAUAUCAACCAACACUACUGCAAAAGGCAAAUGUUCUCUCUCAAAUCCAGCAUCUGCUUUCCAGAAAGGAAGGAUUGUGCCAAAUAAUGAGAACAUUUCCAGAUAUGCAUCUUCCAAUUAUUUCUUCCGCUUGCCCAGAAUCAAAAAUUCUAUCUCUUCAUACACUCAAAUCAUAUGAUAAGAAUGAAAGGAUACGUUUGAUAGAAACGUUACAUCAGCCAGCCAAGGUUGUUCACCAAUACCCAAUCCCCACUAAGACAGAAAAUAAAGCAGCCUUUAAAAUUCAAGAUUUUUCCAUCAUCAUCAAAGUGUAUGUGUUGGUGACAUCAUUAACACCUUUACAGGCAUUCAUUCAUUCAACUGGAAUUGUCUGGGAUCCACCCAAGAAGAAGCAUUUUUCAGUCAAGAGAGCUGUUAUAUUCAUGAAUAUGAGUUAG